AUGGCAAAAAAUAAUUCAGCUCCCUUAAGAAGAUCCUUGAGGAUAGCAGCAAGAGUUGCAUCCUCACUCCAAACCACCACCGCACCACCAAAAAGGGGACGUGGACGUCCCAAAAAAACUACAGUGACACAAGGUAAAUCAUAA